AUGAGGGUCCGAAUUGAUCACCGCUUCCUCAAGAACUACGAGCGGCUUGCCGAUAAAGACGGCUGGAUUGAGAGAGCAUUUGUCAACUACUAUGCAGGUGCACCAGACGGCAAGCACACAAAGAUGAGCGAAGAGUUGGUUCGGUCCGUGCACCUCUUUUCCAACGAACCGAUCAUCGUCUUCCACCUCGGCAGCCUAACUCCCGACGAUUGGACUGCCAGCCGCUUUCCGCGACUACUGCUCAUGCAUGUAUCUCCUUUGGGUCCAGCUGUGCCUCGGAGCUUCAAUUUCAACAAGAUCCGCUCCUUUCUUCUGGCACGCGUGCGCGUGGGCGUGGAGCUGGACUCGGAUCAGUUUGUGGCUCCAGGCGUGGACUACAUGUUCAACAUGACCCAGAGGGAGAUCACGAAGGACUACCCGAUCCCCAUCCUGCCGGUGCAUUACUUCAGUUUCACGCAGAAAGAUGCACCUUCCAAUAUCUGGUGGCGCCGCUUCUGCACGGAUCCACCGCAUUGCGAGCGACACUCCAUGCGCUGGAGUCACGCUCAUCCGACCUGGACGUUCUGGGCUCUUCCGUGGAUAGGCACCUGGCUCCGAAGGAUUCUCCGGGAUGAGACACUGCCGGAGGCGCCAAACAUGGGUGCACUUCGGGUUGCUGACAUUCCGGAGGACGAAGACAUGCUGAAUGUGGCUGCUUGGGAGGACAAGGUCACGAAGCAGUGGUGCAAGUUCGACAACGACCGAACCGAGUUCGAGGAGAUGAUCCGUUGGAACCCGGGAAAUGCCAAUAAGUGCCCCUCCGGCACUGGCUGUUCCAACAUCAUGGCUGAUAUGCGCUUCUACCCCAAAGGGGCUGCCAAGGCGCAUUUCACUGCGCACAAUGCCAAAGACCCGGUCGAGACCAAGAGGUGGAUCGACCGAAUCAAUGACCGGUACCAGAAAGGCCUAUACCCCACCAAGAUCAUCAUCUACCAGGGGAAGCUCUUCGCCACCGGCGAGGAGCUUCGAGCGAAGUAUCCCGAGCUUCCGUGUCUGCUCUGA